UGUCGCCAUGUUUAACUUUGAAAAUUGCGCCACAUUUCUCAACAUCCACUUCGACCGAGCUCUGCAGAUGGGUCGUUGUGGGCUCGGUGUUCUCAUCCAUUUCUUUCCAAUUUCGUCAUCGUUCAAUUAAUUAAUAGGGUUGUUUUUUUUUAUGCCAAUCUUCUCGAGAAUUUCUAUUCGUGGAGCAUAGUUCCAUGUACGUACUUGGCACAGUAAUUGAUUUGGAUUCUUUUUUUCCUAUUAUUCAUGAAUUCUUCUAAUCAAUCAUUAGAUAUAUUUUUAUGGUAGUUACUGUUGAACAUUUGAACUUGGCGAACUUUUUUGCACCGUAGGUGCCUUUUGUGGGAUAGACUAUUACCUCAUUCGACCGAAUUCCCGAUAGUCUAUGCACAAUCGCAAUUGUGUGAGGACUGAGUCACCGAGUAACCCGCUAGAGGGUGCGUAAGCAGACAAAGUGUGCGUGUAGAGUGAUAGAGAGAGGGGGAGAACCGAGAGCCAGUCGUCGACCAGACGGGCAUCAGAAAAGGUGGUGUUGGUAUUGCUAGGUUAAAGUUAAAUUGUGUGUUUUUUUCGAUAUCAAUAAAUGGUGCGCAAUAUUACCUAACGGCGAGUGUUUUAUUCCUUUCACCAAACUAUCUUUACAUCAGAAGUGGGAUUGAUGCUGACAACGCUUACGAGUGGAAAAAACCGACAACGUGGUCGAGACGCCGAUCACGUGUGGAACAAAGAACAGCAGUGUACACGGUCCGGUGGAUUAGUGCCGUGGAUGAUUUCAGUGCAAAAGUGCGAGCAAAUAAUCUUCUAAAUAAUUGUGUAUCGGAAGUGGAAACAUAUUCGCGAGGAGAGAUGAACCGAAAUACAAUUUAUUGAAAUCAAGGGCGUCCAAGAUGGCGAACGGCGAGUGAUUUCGUUGAAUGCGUGGUUCUCAAAAAGAUCGCAAGCAGUGCUGUGAUUACGAAUCACGUGACGAACUCGUGUGACGGACAUUUCGGUCGUGAACGUAGCCGUUGCGCACAGUCGUAAUAAAAGUGACAUCUGAAUACAUAGGGUGCUUUCCAUCAACCCAAGUAACAAGUGCACGCCAUGACCGUCAGCGGAGCGCUUGCAUGAUUUUGCCUCCGAACUAUCUGCCUGUUCCCGCAUACGGCGGUUAAACAUGCGCAUGGAUGCUUUCGACUGAGACUUGCAGCAAAUAAUGCGUAUGGUUCGUGCAUGAUCUGCAGCUCGUAGCCGCAAUAUGCAGUAGUGCUCAGCCUACGGUAUAGUAUAUAAAAUUUCAAAACUUAUUUUCGUUUUAUUUCACAUAAAUUAUAUGCAGACAGUCAUUAUUCUCAGCCGUAGGAGACUUGAAAAACUAUGAUUAUAUACUUUUAUCGCAGUAAUAUACAGUAUUUAUCAUCAAACCAUACGUAAAAAAUUCUUGGUACUUUUUCAACAGUAUUGCAUAUAUCUUAUAAAAGGCACCUACGGUGCAAAAAAGUUCGCCAAGUAAGCCAAGUGUGUUUGAUGUUGACCCUCCGAGCGGCCACGGGCUUUGGGCUUACUCGCAGCAGUUCAGUCGCUAGCGACGAACCGCAAUGGAGGCUCGCCGUGAUCGCUGACAAUAAGGCCCGGUUCCACAAUCUGAGUUUAACCGAGGUUUAACGCUUGAACUCGGUUUAGGUCGAAGUUAACCGAAGCCUUGCGUUCCACAACACCAAAAUCGUCGGUUAAGCGACGCUGAACGCAGUUGAAGUUGAACGCCCGAUUUUGGGCGUUUAGCAGCUUAAACGAAGUUUAAAGUUGAUCUAUAUUCAUCAGUGGUGGCGCAUCAUGAAAAAAAUAGUAACUUUUGCGAUGUCCAGUGGGGUUGUGAAGUAGUUCAAAUUCGAAUUUGUACAUAAACGAAAAAUAAAGUUGAAAGUUAAAUGGCAAGGAUAAAUGAAAUCCUAUCAUCAUCGGAUGAUGAGGAUUUUGCCGAGAUCGUUGAUCGCAGACCAAAAAUCGUGCGGAGGCGUCCCAAUUUUCAUGAAGAAAUGGACGAAGUUGAUUUCCGAACUCGUUUUAGGUUAUCCAGAGAUAGCGUUAAUGCUCUAUUAAUGGAAAUUCGACAAGAGCUGGAACAUGCAACAGAGCACGGACUUUAGUGGCAUAAGCAAGACGAGCGCGCACAGAAUUGUGCAUCGUGUUACUGCUGCCAUUGCCCGCCUUCGACCACGUUUCAUACGAUUCCCUUUACUGGCAAAUGAAAUCAGAAAUGCACAGAUCCGAUUUUUCGAUAUUGCACGAUUUCCAAGAGUUCUCGGGUGCAUGGACUGUACACAUGUGAAAAUCCAAUCAUACGGCGGGGCUGCUGCAGAAUAUUUCUGAAAUCGCAAGGGUUAUUUUUCAAUCAAUGUGCAAGCGAUCUGUAACGCCAAUUUGGAAUUCAUUGAUAUAGUGGGACGGUGGCAAGGAUCAGUACAUGACAGUACAAUAUUCAAUAAUUCCAGGAUUCGUGCCUUGUUUGAAGCUAACACAUUUGGAGCUGCAAUUUUACUCGGUGAUGGCAGGUAUCCGGUUCGCUCCUAUUUAAUGACACUCUGCCAGUGAUUGUUGCAACUGCUGUUUUGCAUAACAUCGCUCGACGAGCUGGUGAUCCAUUACCACCGGACGAUCCAGCAGUAAACAUGCCUGCGCCAUGGGACGAACUAGUGUUACAAGGAGACAUGCCUGCUGUUAAUCACGCACAUGUAAUUAAUCCUGUGCAAAACAUAUUAAUUAACAAGUAAUUUCGCAGGUAUGAUUUACAAAUAUUAUCCCCCAGCCCUAAUGUCCGACUAAUUGCCUUCGUAUGUAGUGUCUAAUGAAAGCGGUUGAAUUUAUUUCAGCUUGCUCUAGAGGGAACAGAAAUGGCGGAAUUCUCACACAUAUAUGACAUAAAAUAACUGUAAUUUUUCAUUAGCUGUUUUUCAUAUAGAAAUUGUAUAUUUGUCAAACUUUUGUAUAUAGAUAUUUCAAAAUUUUGUAUAUAGAUAUUUCAAACUUUUGUAUAUAGAUAUUUUUUGUAUAAAAUUUUUUAUCACAGUAACAAUGACUUAUCUCUUAUGAAAUAUAUCUUGAACUUAAUCAGAUCCUUGCCUCUUAUAAUAUACAUCCUAAACCUAAUCAGAUCCUUGUCUCUCAUAAUAUACAUCCUGAACCUAAUCAGAUCUUCGUCUCUUAUAAUAUACAUCCUAAACGUAAUCAGAUUUUCAAAAUCCUUGUCUUGCUGCUAGCAUAGCAUCCUUUAUUUGAAGUUCUUUCUUCAAUAAUUCCACCUCGAGGCGCUCUUUCUGUAAUUGCGUUUCUAAUAUUUGCCUUUCUAAUUCCAU